CUCUAUGGUCCUUAGAAAGUCGGUCAGUCAAUUAAGUCAAUCAGGGGAUGGAAGUCUAAGUGGUGAGGAGUGGAACUGGCACUCGGUUGUACACCUGACACCAUGGUUGACCUGCGUAGCGGCAAGAGCACCACCCCGUAUACCAAAGAGCAAGAAGAGAAAGUCGUCGCCAUCCUGAGAGAGAAGAAGGAGAAGAUGGAGAAGAGGGAGCUUAUUAAGCACGCGAAGAUGCUGGCCUUGAUGGAGGAGCAAAAGGCCAAGCAGAAGCAAAUGGAGGAGUUUCAGAAGUGGAAAAAACAACAGGAGGAGAAAUUGGCGGCAAUACUGUCAGAGGCAGAAGAAGAAGAAGUAGAGGUACCAUUGGAAAGGAGAGGAAGAACAAAAGAGAGAGGGGAAUCUAGUGGGGUGCAGGAGGCAGAAGCCAAGAUGGAGGCGGAAGCUAAGAUGGAGAGAAUGGUGAACGAGUGGGUAGCCAACUUGGCCCUGGGGGAGGAAGAUGAAGCAUUGUUGUUUGUCCCUCAGGCAGAGCAGGAACAAUUUGCUAGGGAAUUGGAGGGUGAAGAGAAUCCCAUGAAGCGGCAGGCGAUGGAGGAGGAGAAAAAGUUAAGAGUGGAAACUUUGCCUUGCCCGCGAGAGGAAAAGAAGAUUGGAGGCGGCCGAGAAAAUGGAAGAGGAUUUGAGGGCUGCCGAAAUAGAACAUGGGAAGUUGGCAGUGCAAGUGGAUCUUCAAAGGAAGGUGGAGAUCAUGUCACAAAAUGUAGAGUUAAUGCUGACGGCGCAGCAAGAACAGUUGCGCUAUUUAAAGGCCACGAUAUUACGCUGCAAUCUAUGUGCACCGGCUUUAAAGAUUUUGCAAAGGAUAUGAUGAUGCAUGUAGGCACCGAAUUGCGCACAAUUAUUGAGGGUACACGAAAGUUUUGCGUAGGCGCCAUUGAAGGCGCCAAGAUAGCGGGCCCUAAAGAAGAAGAAGCCCGGCCACGUAGAGAGCGCGUGAAGGUCAAGUUCCCGGAUCAUUAUAGUGGGAAAACUGGAGAGGAUUUUGAUAAUUGGGAGGCCAAUGUGAACUCCUAUGUGCAUCUCCAGGGUAUUGCGCCUGAAGACCAGAUCCUUGUGGCAUUUCAUGCCCUUAAAGAUGAAGCAGCCAGUCUUGCCAUAUCGUUAGCCCGCGCUGCCAAAUGCGAAAACGAUAUGGCACUGAAGUAUGUAAGUUUUCCUGUUCAGACGCUUGCCAAAUCAGCCAAGAUGAUUCCUGUUAUGAUUUGGGGAACUGCCAUUUUGCAGAAGCAGUAUAACUGCCGGGAUUACGUAAUUGCCGUAUGUGUGACAACGGGAUGCUCGCUUUUUCUGUUAACAGGAGACAAUAUGGCUGUCGGGAUGAAGCAAUGGACCUCUGACAGUACAAUCUGGGGCAUUGCAAUUAUGUGCUGCUAUCUUGGCUUCGACGGAUUUACAAGUACAUUCCAAGAUAAGCUUUUCAAAGGAUACUCAAUGGACAUCUUCAACCAGAUCCUGUAUGUCACAUUGUGCUCUUCAGCACUGAGUACUAUUGGUCUCAUUAGUUCAGGUCACUUAGUUCAAGCUGUGCAAUUCAUUUCCAGACAUCCUCAGUGUCUUGGUGACAUUGUCUUCCUGUCUCUGGCUGCAAGCACUGCACAAUUUUUUAUCUCUUUCACAAUACGAACUUUUGGUGCUCUGACAUUUGCAACAAUCAUGACAACACGACAGUUGCAGUACGCCAGUUGGUUGAAAGUCUUGGCCCACGAUACGGAGUGGCAAAGUGCAAAGGCCCAUAUCCUGAAAGUUCUCGAUAACCUAGGAAAAGGAGUGGCAACGGGAAGAGGUGGAGGAAGGCAUCAAUCUGAAGAUAGGAGGCCUAAAGUCGAGGGUAGGGAUACCAGUACAAACUUGCCUAGAAAAGGGGAAUCCACUAGGGGCGAUGGCGAAUGGAGGAAGGGAAGCCGAAGAGAUUGGAAAAGGAACGAUGGAGAGUGGGGGACGUCCAAAUGGUCCAACACCAAAGAUAGCAGGUGGAAGCCCAAGGAUGAGAUAGAAGCUAGGAAACCAGAAAGACGUGAGGAGGAAAGGACAAAGGAGAUAGAAGUCUUAAAAGCAGCAAUGGAAAAGCUGCAACAUAAUUGUCAGAAAAAGGAGGAACCUCCUAUUCGGGUCACUCUGCGACCAGAGGUCCGAGAGAAAAGAGAUCCUAGUCCGAGACAGACCUGGAAUGAUAAGGCGUGUAUGUAUUGUGGAGACGAGGACCACAUGAAGAGGGAUUGUCAGGCAAUGCUAGAUGCGCUAAAGGAAGGUAUCAUCGAAUUAGAUGAUAGGAAGUAUGUGAUGUGGGCUGAUGAAGGGAAACAUGUGCCCUUCUUACCCUCGAUGAAAAUCAACGUGGAUAUUCGAAGGAGGAGAAUGAAUGAAGCAAAGGGUAAACAGGUGCAGGUGCCGACGACGACAAAAGUUUCCCGAGUGAGAUAUGAUGAGAUCCCGCUUGACUAUAGGGACCGACACUUAACUGCGAUGGACACGCGAUUGGGAUUAAUCCAGAUGAUGGUGGUGCCAAUGAGAUGGACCAACGGCGUAGCAGUCUUUCAAAGAGCGAUGGUGGCAGUGUUGGGGGAACUUAUACCGAAUUUGGUGGAAGUUUUCCUAGAUGACUUUCCGAUCAAAGGGUCGUGCGAGAAGGAUGAGACUGAGAUCGGCUACGGAAGAGAUGUUGGAGGUUCCAGGAAGAUCUGGGCACGAGAACACGGUAUCUAUGCUCAAUGGAUGGACGACGACCGAACCAAGGCAGUGAGAUUGAGCUUGAGACAAAACCUCCGACGAAACGAUUGGGACGCCUGGUGGAGCGACGCUCUUUUAUCUCCACAUCUGGUCGCGCAGUACUACGAGAGCAUAGGGGCACCGAGGUACGCCCUAGAGCCGGAGGCGGACGACGACGAGGUCGACGAUGAGGAGGCAUGUGAGCCUGAUUGGGUAGACACCGAUGAGGACGAUUCCGACUCGAAGGAUGAUGAGGUAGAGAAGAUGGACGAGGCGGACGACUCUGACUCCUACAGGGCAAAGAGGUUGAUAAGACCUACGGAGACUGCACUAGGAUUCGAUAUCCCUCUCCCUGUGCGCUUAGACGAGAGCAAGAGGACGUCGAUUAGGUACACGAGGACGUGGCUAACAAACAACGUAUAUCUUUGAACAUUAAUCUUGGAGAGUCGGGGAACGAGCUCUAGCCGACAGGCUGAUCUCAGAGGAGGAGUUAGAAGCUAGGAGAGAAAGGUUUCUUGUUGGGAAUAGACCGUCAGAAGCAAAGUUACAACCUCAGCCUGCCGGUUACCGGCUGUUCCCCUACUCUCCAAGAUUACUGUCCACAUAUAUACGUCAUCUGCUAGCCACAUCCUCGUGUACCUAAUCGGCGUCCUCUCGCUCUCGUCUAAGUGCACAGGGAGAGGGAUAUUGAAUCCUAGUGCAGUCUCCCUAGG